AUGCUUCACGGAAUUCUUCCUCUUAGGCCGGUGGAGGCAAUUGUCGGCGCGGUUGCACCGCUGGAGGAUCUGAUUGGCGCUGAGGGCAUUUUGCCUCUUCCACAGAAUCAUGAAGUAGCUGAGCGGGAGCCCUUUCAAGCUGCUCCAGCCCGAGAUCAAGCUUACCGUCAAGCUAAAUUGGAAGAAGAUGCCAUCGAGGAUUGCAAAAGAAAGAAGCAAUCCCAGCUUGGUGAUUACUUAGAGAUGGAUGUGGAUACAAGGGCUGUGACUGUUGAAUCCUUUCUUUCUCCCAACAUGGUUGAUGGGAAUGGUGGUUUACUUGCUGAAAAAGAAUAUAUUCCUAUUGUUACACCUGGCUCAACUGUAAAAGAACCUGGGCUGUUUAAUUCGGAGUUGCAAGGUGUUUCAAACAAGCAUAUGGAAGUGGCUGGUUAUGUGUAUGAUGAGGGCAGCUGGGUUCACAGUUGGAUGUUGAUGCACUGUCAGAGGUAUUCGUGUCCUCGUGUGAAGUUUAAACAAGGAGAUACAUGUAUCAACUGCAAGGAAUCAUAUGUGGAAGCUUUGGGGGCUAAUGCUGUUGGUGAUUGUUUUAGUUCGGAUAAUGGUGCCACUGAAACUCAGGUGCAACAAAACUUAAUUCAUGAUGAUACUGAUGUCCUACCUGUUGAUUCUCUUGAAUAUCGAAGUUCUUAUGGUGUUGUAUUCUCUGAUGGAUCGUUGAUUUAUUUCCCGGAUACUGGUGGCAAUGAUUUUGUUAUUGGAAGGCCAUUUCCUACCCAACCUGCCCUUCUUUUCAUUCAUUACAGUGAAGGCUUGAUUCCAGGUAAAGGGGAUUGUAUUUUGCUGAAAUUUCAUAGGUACUGGUGUCCUCGGGUGAAAAUUAAAAGAAGUGACGUGUUUUCCAACUUCAAAGAGCCAUAUAACGAUUUGGGUUCAAGGGCUGUUGUUGGAUUUGAUGCUGAGUUGCUGUUGUUGAGGUCGAAACUGCUUUCCAGACGGGGUGGACAGAAUGCAUGUGUUGGCGUUGUAGCUGAGGCGAUUUUCAGUGGUGAUUAUGAGCGCUACAGUGUGGGUGUUAGUAAGAUGGAUAAGGGGUUUUUCGCCUAUGUGAACGAAAUUGGCAGCCUAGAUCAUAGCUGGGUGUUAGUGAGCAGUCACGGUUUGUGGUGUCCUCGGGUGCAGUUAAAACGAAAGGCUACUUUCUUGGCUUCGCUUAAAGUUCAUGCCACUAUCAUUACUUCCUCUGCUGCUGUACCAUUGAGGGAAGAUGAUACUUCCAACACCUUUAGCAUUUAUGGGCUAGAGAAACAUGGUAUUGGUCGUGGAAUUGGUUUGUUGAUGGCCCAAGGGAAAGUUCAACAAGUUGUUUUCAUGAUCGGGCUUGAAGAUGCAGUUGACUUGCAGCAUGUUAAUGGUGAUCGAAUGAUAGGUGGUAGGUUCGAUAGUUGCUUGGUGUUGGGGGAAUCUCAAGGGAGAGGUAUUGGCUUUGACUUCAAAGAGCCAUACAAGGAUUUUGGUUGGGCUAUGGUCCUGUCUUAUGGAAGAGAAUGCUUGCUUAUGUUCCAGGAAGGCAAAGCACAAGAGGACGAUAUCAAGUCGAGACGGGAAGCCACAUGGAAAUACCUCGAAGAUAUUGCUGGCAAGGUGUUGGUCUCUCCUAGAACCUCAGCAAAGCUCAUGGCAUCUAGCUAG